AUGGGUAGUCUCACAUCAAAAUGUUGUUCAAAGCAACAGUCUGCACAGACGACCAAGGAAAGAGAAGUUUUUCGUUUUUUCAUGGUGGGAACAGGAGCAGCCGGAAAAACUACAGUCGUGCGCCAACUGAAGUGUUUAUGCAAGGAAAAACCAAAGAAUUAUAAAGCUUACGACAAGGACUGGAAUCAAAUUCCAAUAGAAAAUAUCUUCUCCGAAGAAGAAAUGACGCAGUUCCGAAAAAUUAUUCGCAGCAACAUAACAACAGCUGUCUACAACCUAAUACAACAAACAGCACAAUGGGGGCAUAUCUGCGCAGCAGACAAAAAUGCGCAAAAGAUUGUGCAAAUAGUGGAGAAAGCUGAACUGGAAGAAAGUUGCACAUUCAACAUGAAUAUUCAAUCAUCACUUGGAGCCGACCUUAUGGAAGUUUUAAAGGACCCUAAUAUUGCCGAGACACUUAGACAGCACGAUAAAAUGUCCCGAAAAUGGCACCUUGAGGAUGGAACUCUCUACUUUCUUUGCGAAGAACACAUACAGCGCUUGUUUGAUGACACUUCCGAACUCACAACGACUGACAUCGUACAUUCAAGAUAUCCCACAACUGACGUUCAAGACUUCCGAUUCAGCAUUAGCAGGAUGAACAUCCAGAUACACGAUAUGGGUGGACAACCAACAGAGCUGAUGAAGAUGCCCGAAUUUAUCAACCCUUGGGUAGCCCAAGACCGAGAGGGUUAUAGAAAUUUUGUGUUGUUCGUGACUUCGAUGACUGACUUCAAUGUGCCAGACGAAGAAGAACCUACUAGAACAGCCAUGGAGCGAAGCAUAAAAGUUCUCGAGUUGAUUCUAAACGAAGAUGCAGUGCAGAGUUGCGGGCUGCUGAUCUUUUUCAACAAAAAGGAUAGGUUUGAUGACAUUGUAUCAACCCUCCAGAGGACAGAAGAAGGCCGCAGUGAAAUAGAAAAGUUCCUGGGAGACAAUAUGAAGAAAGAGGCUAAAACGAGACUGAAUACCGGAAACUGUCCCGUGGGGAUACUAGGAAAGGCGCUGCAAGACAAAUUCGAUGAGGUCAUAAGAGUGAAACGAAAGGGAGCAAAUGAAAAGGGAGUUUACAUGAGAUUCACACAAGCUGUAGAUUCCAGUAUUAUGGCAGACAUCUUCAACAUUGUCAAAAACCAAAUUAUAGACAAUCUUAUCAGCAAAGGAAUCUUCAUAAGUGUGUGA